AUAACAGUUCAACGACUGACGGCCACUUCACUAACAUUGAUCUACCUAUGUGUAAAAAAGACCGACUGCGGCAAGUUUGUCCGAGAUAGUAGCGUUGAGUUUUAGAAUUAUAUACACCUCUCAUUGUUGGUUUUUGGCAUUCAUUACGAGACGUUUUGGUAGGUUGACGUGUCGGAGGUCGGAGUGAUUCUUUAAACCCAAAAUGAAGUAUUUCGGGGUUUUUGUUAUUUUUGCGUAUUUGUAUGCAGCUCAAGCCAGUGUUUAUCUAGAGGAAAAAUUCAGUGACGAUACAUGGGAACAGAACUGGAUUUACAGCAAACAUCCCGGAAAAGAAUUUGGCAAGUUCGUGAGGACCGCUGGUAAAUUUUUCAAUGAUGAAAAGGAAGAUGCCGGUAUCCAAACAUCAGAAGAUGCCAGGUUUUAUGCCCUUAGCAGGAAAUUCACUCCCUUCUCCACAGAGGGUAAGGACCUUGUGAUCCAGUUCACCGUCAAACAUGAACAGAAUAUUGAUUGUGGUGGUGGAUACGUAAAAGUUUUUGACUGCUCUCUCACUCCCGAGGAGAUGCAUGGCGAUUCUCCUUACAGGCUCAUGUUUGGCCCUGACAUCUGUGGACCUGGAACCAAGAAAGUGCACGUUAUCAUCAACCAUAACGACAAGAAUGUUUUAAUUAACAAAGAUAUCAGAUGCAAGGACGAUGUUUACACCCAUGCAUACACCCUCAUUAUCAAACCAGACAACACAUACGAAGUUCAAAUCGACGGUGAAAAAGUAGAAAGCGGAGAGCUGGAAGCUGAUUGGGAUCUUCUUCCCCCCAAGAAAAUCAAAGAUCCAGAGGCGAAGAAACCUGAAGAUUGGGAUGAUCGUGCCACCAUUCCAGACCCUGACGAUUCUAAACCCGAAGAUUGGGACAAGCCCGAACACAUCCCUGAUCCCGAUGCAACUAAACCAGAUGAUUGGGAUGAUGAAAUGGAUGGAGAAUGGGAACCACCAAUGAUCGAUAAUCCAGAGUACAAAGGGGAAUGGAAACCAAAGCAGAUUGAUAACCCAGCUUACAAAGGUGCUUGGGUCCACCCAGAAAUUGACAACCCAGAAUACACGCCAGUACCUGAUUUGUACAAACAGAAAGAAAUCUGUGGACUUGGUUUCGAUUUGUGGCAGGUGAAAUCGGGCACCAUCUUCGACAACGUGUUGAUCACAGACGAUGUUGAAUAUGCCCAAAAAGCAUUAUCAGGAUUGAAAGAUAAGCAAGAAGGUGAAAAGAAAGCCAAAGAAGCUUUGGAUAAAGCAGAAAGUGAUGCUGCUAGUGAAAAUGAUAAGAAAGACGAAGGUGGAGAUGAAGAUGAUGAAGAUGAGGAUGAUGAUGCGAAUGAAGAAGAGCAUGUACCACAGGUUGAGGAAACUGAUCAUGAUGAGUUAUAAAAAGUGAAGCGAAGAGACAAUUUUUAUAUAUUACAGUGUGCAGUGUUUUGUUCGAUAGUGUGUACUGUUCCUUUGACUGAUUUUUGUUAAUAUUGAGCAUAAUACUUCUAAUAAAACACAAAAUCCGAAAUAUUGUUUUUGAAUUACACAUUUUAUUUGUAUAAAAUUCAAUAAAUUAUUGUUUUGUA